CUACUAUUGCAUUUGUGUUGAGAAGUCCAGCACGUGUACGGGGCACAUUGCGGUGUUUCGUUUAAAUAAUUUAGCGUUCACUACGUAGUCUUUGGGAUGGGUUCGAAUGAGAAAAGCUUUCCGCGCGGCGGAAUAGCAAAUUUACAAGCAAAUACGGAYAGCAGCACAUCAAAUCUCAUUUUUGGUGCCACACAGCGAAAGAUUAAGAAGGCGCCAAAGUUAAAAGAAAAACCASWUGAAGGGGAAAAAGGUGAUCAGCUGCAAGCAUUCUCYGCUGAAACACUUACAUAUGACACGCUCCAGGAGAAUAUGCUCGUGAUGGGCGUCGUGAAAGCAACGGAUGCCACCUCUUUACAAAUUGCGCUGCCCGGUCGAAUGACAGCGCGUGCUYUAGUGGCCGAUAUAUCGGAUGCAUAUGGACGUGUUGCCCAAUCCUAUAUGGCUGGAGACAGCAGUGAAUAUCGGGACCUCACUGCGCUAUUCAACGUUGGGCAGAUCGUUUAUGGACGAGCCAUAAAAACAAGGAAAGACUCCGAGAGUAAACGCAUGUCUCUGCUACUAACUCUUAAACCCAGUGAAGUGAAUAGUAGCCUUCACCACGCCAACAUCAAAAAGGGCUUUAUUUUUGUUGGUGCUAUAGAGGAAAUCCAAGAGCACGGCUGUGUAAUUGAAACAGGCAUUAGCGGAUUGCAGGCGUUUGUACCCAUUGAAAAUGCUGCACAGAAGCAUCACAUCGGUCAGUUGAUCUUCUUGAAAGUGAAGCAAAUUCAACACGAUUCCGAUAAAAGCACCUGUCAAUGCGUGUGCAUAGAACAGGAUAAAUUGAAGAUUAAAAGUCAGCACGAGACAAAUCUUGAUUAUAUACUUCCCGGGAGUAUCGUCAAGUUUAAGGUGACAAAACAUCUAAAAAAUGGACUGGAAGGCAGCAUCAUGAACGAGGCCUUUAGGGGAUACGUAAACGAGCAUCACUUGGCCGAGGCUCUGCAAUCGCCGCAGGACUACGAGGUGAACGAAGAGUACCUGGCUCGGCUCCUCUACGUGAUGCCCUUAACUAAGCUGGUAUACCUGACUUUCAAUUUAAAUAUCACUGUGCAUCCCGAACAGCCGGAAUCGGAAGGCGAAGAGCUGCUGAAGAAGGGCAGCAUCGUGGAGAAGGCACGUGUGCUGCGCCAUGGCACAGGUGGCAUUGUGGUGCUGCUGAACCACAAGUAUAAGGGGCUUAUUUCGUAUGGUUCCAUCAAAUCGAACUUCAAGGGAAACUACGACCAGGACGUUGUGCUGGCCAAGUACAGCAGCAAGAGCAAGCACAAGGUGCGAGUGCUGGGAUAUGAUGUAAUUGAGUCUCUUUACUAUUGCACCGAUGAUCCCAACGUGGUGAAUGAAAAGAUGUACACGCUGGAGGACAUUCAAACAGGCGACAUUGUUUCAGCUCGCAUUGUGAAGCCAGAUCCCAAAAUCGGCGGUUACAGUGUUAAAAUAGGGAAAGUUAACGGAAUCAUUGAGCAACUGCAAUUGGCCCCAAAUACGCGCUACGAAGUAGGACAGCGCCUGCGUUGCCGAGUCUUAGAGAUCUCCCUGGACCGGAAGAUUUGUUAUUUGAGCAAUCGCAACGAGUAUCUAAGCAAGGGUAUCAAGCUACUGACUUCACUGCAGUUAGCUCAGCCCGGGCACGUAUUUACAGGCACCGUGGUCAAGUGCGAGGCCACCUAUGUGCUGGUCAAGUUCUGCGGCGGCAUCAAGGGAGUUUUACACAAGCAGCGCCUGAACGAAUUGGUGGAGAAUACAUUUUUCGAAGGCCAGACUACAAAGUUUCGCGUUUCUGGCCGGAACAACGACCAAGUACUUCUAACAUUGCCCGAGGACAAGUUUCAGCUUGGCGAAAUAAUUCCCAUUGAAGUGACCAAUAAUACCUUGGAUGCAGGCUUGGAAUUUAAAAUAACUUUAGCUACUGAUGAUCAGAAUGCAGCCACGACUGGUGAUGAGGACAAUACGGAGGAGUUUGUGGGUCUGGUACCACUACGUUUCCUAUCGGACUACGUGGACUUGCAGGAAGCAAAGAAGCGCAUUCAUCCCGUUGGCAAUCAUAUCGAAGCAGCCUGCAUCUUGCAGAACAUUUUCAGUUUACGCGAUGUGCCGUACUUCAGUGAGAAUCUGACCAAGGAUUGGCAUACCGUUCAGGUGGGCGAUGUGCUGCGGGCCAAUGUUAAGCAUGCGGGCGAACAGGUGCUGGAGCUACUGCUGCCCGUGCGCAACUAUAACAAACUGGUUAAAUUGCACGUGAAGAUGUUGUGUCUGCAGACCGUGCGGGAUAAGCCCAUCAUGCUUGAGCCUGAUCAGCUGCUGUAUGUUAAGGUGCUCAGCAAGGAAUUGGAGACUAAAACGUUGACUGUGUCCGCCAAACUAACAGAUGUGUGGASCGGCCAGCUGUCCGACACAGCAAAAUUAGUGGAGAGCUACUUAGAGGAAGUGUCACAGAUUCGAAAAUCAUUGAAACACAUGGAUGCACCUAUUGCCAAAUACACAAGGGGGGACAAAAUUAACGUCAUCUUUAAGGGAAUUGAUUCGACGACCAGUAACUGGGUCUAUAAUGUGGAGGGCACAAAAUCGAUCAGAGCAAUGAUGAUUUCCAGCUUGGCUGUCAAUGCGACAGCACCUCAGGAGGGCAGUAAGCAGGAGGCCGUCAUCUUGUGGAUAGACUAUGCCAAUGAUUUGUUGCUAAUAAGCAACAAGAAAAAGGAUAUUGAGCACAUCAGCAGCAGCAAGGAGCUGCCUCAAAAUUUAAUCGCAAAAGCCGGCAUGAAGGCCAAGGUAUUGCUGAAACUCGAUAAUAUUGUGGUGUGCUCCUUGAAGAAGGGUACCAGCAAUCCGCUGAUACUCUGUCCAAUACGCCUGCAUCCCAACGAUGUGGAGAACACAGCCAGUGCCUGUCUACGGCAGGGUGAUUUCUGUAAUCUGGCAUUCAUACACGACAGCCUGCCGAUUGCCGUGCCAGAGACCGUCUGGAAGCUUUGGAAGGGUGUCAAGCGCCCUGCUGUUGAAGCUGAAGAGACGGCCGUGAAGCCCAAGAAGAUGAAGAUCGAAAAUAAUUCAAAAAAAUCAAGUCUACAGAAAGUCACAAAUGGGAAAAAAACUGAGGAGGAAGCGAAGCCGCUGGUGAACGGAAAGAAAAAGAACGGACAGCUUUUCUUCGAGGACAAGAAACCAGCCAAGACAAAUACGUAUAAGUCCAAUGCAACAAGUGAGGCAGCAGUCAAGGUGCGUCUGCCAGGCAUCUCGAACUUCUGGGACACAGAUGCAUUGAACAACAAGAGCCAAGAGGAGUCAUCCAGCGACGAAGAUGACCACAAUGCAGCUGACGGGGCCGAGCCAAGCUCUAGCAAGAAAAAACGACUUAGUGCCAAGGAAAAGGCGAAGGCUGAGGUCAAGGAAGAGGAACGAUUGCGCGAAAUCGAAGAGCGCAAUGCAGAUCCCAAUCAGCGCCCAGAAACAAUCGAUCAGUUCGAACGUCUGGUGCUAGCGGAGCCCAACGACAGCAAAACCUGGAUUCAGUAUAUGUCCUUCAUGUUGUCAAAUACAGAAAUUGACAAAGCUCGCGAAAUAGCGCGACGCGCCAUUAAAACGAUAGCGUUCCGGGAAACAAAAGAACUUCGUAACAUGUGGAUGGCACUUCUUAACUUGGAGCUCAGCUACAACUCGUCCAAUUUCGAUGAUGUACUAAAGGAGGCACUGAGUCACACAGAUCCACUUGAAACAUACAUAAAGCUCGUCGAAGUACUGAAGGCGCACAAUCAGAAGGAGCGCCUGAUCAGCGUAUUAAACAACUUAAUGCGCAAGUUUAAGUCAGAUUUGCAGGUCUGGCGUGUGGCUGCCGAUGCGUACUUCUGGCUGGGCAUGCCGGAACGGGUGCAGCCAACACUGCAGCGUGCGAUCAACGUACUACCGAAAAAUGAACACAUAAAUUGCAUUGUGGCCUUUGCCAAAAUAUAUGCCAAAAACAAUGAUAAUGGCAUGGCACAAACUUUAUUAGAUGACAUAGUUACUUCCUAUCCGAAGCGAAUUGAUAUUUGGGUGCUAUACGCCGACAUGUUGAUCAAAGCUGGACUUAUUGAUUCCGCACGAAACUUGAUGGAACGUGCAGUGCUUCAAAAGUUGCAGCCGGAUAAAAUGCUUGUUAUCUACAAGAAGUUUUUGGAUUUAGAAGAGAAGCACGGAACAGAAGAAAAUGCGGCCAGGGUUAAGAAACUAGCCGAACAAUACGUUCAGAGUCAAAACAAAUCCCUUAAAUAGAUUACAAAACGAAUUGGAUCUGCUUCGAUAUAGUACCUUACCGCAAUAAGAAUUGUAGAUUAAAAUCACAUAAGUGCAGCGUCCCCACUUAAUGAUGAAACUGAGAAUGGCAAUUACAGUCGGUCUGUUUUUUGUUGAUACUUUAUUCUAAGAUCUAUUUUAAAUGAAGUGUGUGAUUCUUG